GUGGGAGGAGUAAAAUGGCUGCCACCAUGACCAAGAAAGAUUUAGUUUGGAGGAGUAGUACAUUGUUUUUUGACAUUGUUUACUGUUGCGGCAUGUUUAGUCGAAUACGCUGGAUAUUUUUGUUUCUGUUCUUUACAGUGAGCCAAUGUUGGAGUGAUGAAGCUUACGAGAGGGAAGAAUUUCUAAAGAGGGAGUACUCGCUGAUGAAGCCAUACCAAGGUCUGGGCUCUUCAAGCUCUUCUCACUGGGACCUAUUGGGUACUGCAAUGAUAACUACAGAGCAUGUGCGCCUGACACCAGACUUGCAGAGCAGACAGGGGGCGGUAUGGAGUCGCAUUCCCUGUUAUCUGCGGCAUUGGGAGCUCCAAAUUCACUUCAAGAUUCAUGGGCAGGGGAAGAAGAACCUGAAUGGAGAUGGACUGGCAUUGUGGUUCACAAAGGAGCGCAUGCAGAUCGGUUCAGUGUUUGGUAAUAUGGACCUCUUCACUGGACUUGGGGUGUUUGUGGACACGUACCCCAAUGACGACAAGCACCAGGAGCGGGUCUUCCCCUACGUGUCAGCAAUGGUGGCCAAUGGCAGCGUAAAAUACGAUCACGAACUGGAUGGGCGCCCCACCGAGCUAGGGGGCUGCACUGCCAUUGUGCGCAACCAGAACCACGACACUUUCCUUUUGGUGCGAUAUGUACACCGUAGACUGACGAUCAUGACGAACAUUGAUGGUAAGCAGGAGUGGCGGGACUGUGUGGACAGACCAGGAGUCCACUUGCCUCUGGGCUACUACUUUGGUGCCUCAUCCCUCACUGGAGACCUUUCAGACAACCAUGACUUGAUCUCUUUGAAGCUGUAUGAGCUGACAGUGCCACACAGUGAGCAGGAGGAGGAAGAAGAGGAGGUCACAAUUCCCAGUGUGGAUAACAUGGUGAUACGGAAUGUGGAGAUUGAGGAUCAGGGAAUGAGUGGAGUCACCCUAUUCUUCACCAUCAUCUUCUCUGUGCUGGGCUGCUUCUUGCUGUGUGUCGUUGGCAUUGUCGUCUACAGCCGCUGGAAAGAGAACCGGCGCAAGCGCUUUUAUUGAGACAGAACUUCACGUUACCCUAUGACAAGAAAGAAAAUGUGACACCUCUGACCUAACAAAGACACAACCAGCAAUACUGCUCUCACCAACACACCCAUGAGAACACACCCUAACUCCCCCUUCAGAAUCUGCGCCCGCUUAUCCCUUCUUUUAAUUCCAGAGUUGGGAGGUGGACCUAGGGAGGAGCUUGCUUCCCUUCCAUACUAGGCCCGCCCCCGCAAGUGCAUUUUAGUCCAAAUGAGAGUAACGCCACCAUGGAAUAAGUGCCUUGUUUGUUCUCUGCUAUGUCUGCACAAUUUGCUGUCAUCUGGUACUUCUGGGUACUGUUGAGUUUUGUAAGCGCCCUGAAUAGCUGAGAUCCAUGGCAUUUUUUUAUAGGCCAGCCAUUUGGUUUAUUCUUUAGCAUAGAUUUUCUUUCCUAGUUUCAAAUACCAUGCUGUAUUUUUUUGUUUCAUCUUUUGGUAUAAAUAAGUGGCUACAUUUUCCUCAAAGAACUACUGUAGAAAUUUGUGGCAGAUUGUCACAUUCCAUUUAUAAUUCUCUGUAUUGUCCCUAGGUGUGUCCCUAGGUCGCUUUAAUAAUGGGAGGUACAACGUCACAUCAUUUAACACCCGCUUUUAAGACACUUUCAUCUACUGGAGAUACUUGCUUAGAAGAGUGCUUUUUCUGAAAGCCUCCAUAUUGACACACACCACUUUAAACUGAAUGUUGUUCUGAACAGGGCUACCUUAUUUGGUCUGACAGAAAUUUCUCCUUAACUCAUGCCUAGUGUUCAUCCUCUCCUACCUGUCUGAAAUCAUGUGCAUUAGAAAAACAGUCGCAUUCACUGUCUUCCUUUUCAACUGUAACUGGAAAUCUUGGAAUCUUUUUUUCUUUUUAAUGUAAACAUCCUAAUGAUUCAACGUGGUUGUAUGUAAUGUGAUUCCUGUGAAAUUGGGUCGGUGAGUGGUAAGUUCAGCCCGUUUCCUUUACGGUUGAUCAAAUGAUAGUCUUAUGUGAUCGUGAAGGAGAGGUUUCAAUGCUGUGUGUACAGUUAGAGUAGCUCUUCUUGUUUUUUUUUAUUUUGUUUUUUUUUAGGGCAACUACAGGGGCCUUACAAUCUGGUAAACGUUGUUAUAAGUACAGCAGCAUUUUUAACCCUGUAAUGUUUACCAGCAGCCAUUAUGAAGUGCAGUACAUAUGACGUUUAAGGCUUAGUCAAAUCAAAUUAAAUUAUUGUUGGGAAAUGUA